GGGCCCCGCCCCCCUGGCCCGGCCCGGCCCGGCCUCCCCCGUGGGGUCUGGGACGCGGGGAGGCCCCUGUAAAAUAUCCCCCCCCAGCUCUCCGGGGACGAACUCGGCCCCUCCCCCGCCAGGGCAGGGGGUGUUACCGCCCAGUCGUCCCCCCCCCUACGGCCCCGCCACCCGCCCCUGGCCAGGGACCCUCCCAGCACAGCCCGCAGUAGCGCUCCAGGGCGAAUGGCCUUGGCUGCUGCUCCUGGGAUCAGGCCCGCUGGCUGGGGGAGGGGAAAGAGGAGCCAGCUGCUGGCCCGCCCGCCCCCCAAAUCUCUGUGAAGUUCACGUGCAUCUGGUCAGUUUGACUUUUCCAGAGGCCCAGGAGCCGCUGUGGGCCUGGCCCCGUUCUUAGGGCUUGUCUACACGGGAGUCGCGUGCUGUGUUCCUGUCUGGCCUCAUUCGUUACCUCACGCUCCUUCAGAAUCAGGCCCUCUUAGGCCAGGUCUACACUUAAAGAUUAGAGCGACCCAGGUGCCUCACUCAGGGUUGCAACACAUUUUGCACCCUGCGUGGCAUGGUUAGGGUUACCCCCCAACCGCUGGUGUAGAUGCUGUGUCUCUCAUAAAGGUGGAGUCACUGUAUCCCCAGAAAAAUCCCUUCUGUUGAUGUAGGAAGCGUCUAUGCUAUGGUGUGUUAGGGCUUGGCUACACUUACAUUUUAUAGCGCUCUAACUUGCUGGCUCAGGGAUGUGAAAAAUCACCUCCCUGAGCGGAGCAAGUCAGAGCGCUUUAAAGCGCUAGUGUGGACAGCCUCCCAAGUGCUGGGAGCUAAUCCCCUUGUGGAGGUGGAUUACCAGGAGCGCUGGGAGAGACACACUGCCACAUUCGCAAUUCAAACCGCUGUUGCGGGAGCGCUCCUGUGACAGUGCUUUGAAGUUUCCAGUGUAGCCAUGCUCUUAGUGCCACUGUACUGUAGACAUACUCUUACUCCAUAAUAUGUAUGUCCAUACGUGUAGUUAAUAGGGAAUAGCUAAUCUGCUUUUACCUCUCACCCCUCCUUAUUCUGGUUUAAAUUUCACAAACAAUGUAGACAAUCCCAUAUUCAUUUUGCUCUUCUGUUGCCUCACUUAUCUUUUUAGUUCAGUGAGAAAAGUCUCUCUGACAAGGAGUGUUUUGUCUUUUAACGCUUUGUUUAGUAGGGCUUAAUGUUUCCCUGCUCCUAGCUCUGCUUCUGCUAUAUGAACCUGCAGGCAAAUCAGAGGAUUAUGAUAUCGGUUUGCUAUAGAAAUGAUUGUGAGGUCACAGUUUUAGUAUGGAUUUAAUUACCAGAUGCAAAUGGGAGAUGGGCUAUGAAGGAGGGAGAAUUCUUAGUCAUUAACAAAUAUGAUUCCUAUCUAUAAUCUAUCACUGAUCAGCAUCGCUUCUGGUAGUGCAUGGCGGGACCUCUGAACACCAGCUGGAAGUGAAGCAGGGAACCUGAAAAACAGUCUAGCAAAUCUGUAAGACAAGGUCUAUAGGAGAUCUGGAGUCCACCAUGAACGGACAGCUGGAUUUAAGUGGGAAGCUGAUUAUUAAAGCUCAGCUGGGGGAGGAUAUUAGGAGAAUUCCUAUUCAUAAUGAGGACAUCACCUAUGAUGAGCUAGUGCUGAUGAUGCAGAGAGUUUUCAGAGGAAAACUUCUGAGCAAUGAUGAAGUCACAAUAAAGUAUAAAGAUGAAGAUGGAGAUCUUAUAACAAUUUUUGAUAGCUCAGAUCUUUCCUUCGCAAUUCAGUGCAGUAGGAUACUUAAACUGACAUUGUUUGUUAAUGGGCAGCCAAGACCUCUAGAAUCCAAUCAGGUGAAAUAUCUCCGUCGAGAGCUGAUAGAACUUCGCAACAAAGUGAAUUGCUUGUUGGAUUGUUUGGAACCACCUGCUGAACCAGGGCUUUCCACCAGCCUGCCUGAAAAUGAUGCUGUUGAUGGUAGUGAAGAAAAACCUGCUGCUGCUGACUCUUCUGUCAAGCCAUCUACUCAAGUUAUAGCAGCAAGUAUGUCUGCUUUUGAUCCAUUAAAAAAUCAAGAUGAAAUCAGCAAAAAUGUCAUGUCAGCAUUUGGGCUGACAGAUGAUCAGGUGUCGGGACCACCCAGUGCCCCUGUAGAAGAACGUUCAGGAACACCUGAUAGCAUUGCUUCCUCCUCUUCUGCAGCCCAUCCACCUGGGGUUCAGCCACAGCAGCCAGCGUAUGCAGGAACUCAGCCACCAACUGGUCAGAUAGAAGGCCAGAUGUAUCAACAGUAUCAACAGGCCGGUUAUCCUGCUCAGCAGCCACAGGUUCAGCCUCAGCAACAAUAUGGUGUGCAGUAUCCAGCAGGCUACAGCCAGCAGCCUGCUCCUCAACAAGGACAGCAGUUCCAAGGAUACAGUCAGCAGCCAUCACAGGCUCCGGCUCCUGGCUUUCCUGCUCAGCCUCAGCAGCAGUACCAGGCAAGCUCCUACCCACCACAGAACUAUACUACACAAGCCUCCCAGCCUGCUAAUUAUAAUGUGGCCCCUGCUUCCCAAGCUGCAAUGGCUCCAAGCCAACCAGGCGCGUAUCAACCAAGGCCAGGUUUCACACCACCCCCUGGAAGUACUAUAACUCCCCCUCCAGGUGGGCCUAACCCGUACGCACGUAACCGUCCUCCCUUUGCUCAGGGCUAUACUCAGCCAGGACCUGGUUACCGCUAAGGAAGCUCAGCUGCUGAAUCACACAGGUAAAUACAAGCAGCUAUUUACUAUUACUACAUCCCAACAGAUUCCAAUAUUUAAAAUUGGUAUUAAUGUUCCAAAACGAUAAGAAGUCAGAGCAUUCGUUCAGUGUUGUUGGAACAAAAGACCAAAUGAAUCUUAUUUCCUGCUUUAAACUAUAUCCGCUUCCUACUUAGAUUUUGGGUUUUUGGAAACACUUCCUAAAUGUUUGUAAGGUGAUUGACAUUCUAGCUUGCCUUGUCUGAAGGAAAUUAAAAUGCUAGUUGGAAAUUUAGCCCACUUAUCUGGCUUGUUUUUACUAAUAACAUGAUGUACUAAAUUAGACCCACUCUGGAAUUAAAACUAGGUAUUAUGUAUAAAUUUGUAACAUUCACAUUGAAAGCUAAUAAAAAUAUUGAAUCCA